AUGUGGAAGGCUGGGAAGGGGGGCCUUAAGGGACGUUCUCAUGGCAGGGGCCGGGCCGAGGGGGAGACCACUGUCGUGUUGACAGGUCUGCCAAAGACUCUAAACGCAGAGAUUUUGCUGGAUUUGCUGGACAAGGAGUUCCCCUGCUGCUAUGACUUCUUUUACCUUCCCAUGUAUCUGGAUCAGCUUGAAAACACUGGAUUAGCAUAUAUAAAUUUUCGUGACCAUGAGAAGGCCUUGGAGUGCCAGCACUACUUCGAAGGUAGUAUUAACUGGGGUGGGCACAUCUCCGACCGCCCCUGCAAAGCGCAGUGGUCUUCUAUCCAGGGCUAUGAGGCAAACAUUACGCGACACCGAAAAGCGGCGUGGAAUGACAAGAACCUUCCUGAGGAUUGCAAGCCCAUGGCUUUCGACGAGCAAGGUAGGCGGCUGCCCCCUCAGGAGGUUUUCACACCUUUACAUGCCCAAGACUCCGGCAAAGGCGGCAAAGUUGGUAGGUACCGGAAGCCGGGAAAAAGCAAGUCGUGGGAAGACGAGUGGUAUGGCGCCAGUAAGUCACAUCCUCAGAAGGGCGGCAACUGGCCCGGCUGGUACACUGACCACAACAUUGCCAACGAGUCGAACCUGGCCAACGAGUCGCGCCAGAGCGACACUGGCUAUGCUGGGGCUGCCUUUGAGCCUUUUGAUGAUGGCACCGGCUGGAUUCAAGCGGACUGGCAUGCAAUGGGAAUGAUGAUGACCGCCGAAGAACUUCAAGAAGGGGAUGAAUCAUGGGGCAAUCCGAAUGAAGGAAGUAUGGAAGUCUCCGCGCUUGACCUGUAUUUGGCCGGUAUUGACAGGUGCUCCGACGAGGAAGGCGCCGGCCUGGCGAGCCCGAGCCCGACCUGGGCGCCGCCAUAUUCCUCGCAGGAAUCUGCCGACUGGAAAAUUCCAGAGACAUUUCGGGGAGAGCCCUUGAAUGAUGAGGAUUUUUCUAACACGCUUAAAGUUGACCCUUUCCGUCAGAAGACUCUGCCCAACCCGUUGAUUCCGGAACUUCCCGCGAUCGAGCAUUUGCAGGCCUUGAAUAUCUUGAAUCAGGAAGCUGCAUCUGCGAGCCCGCAUGGAAGUCCGCACAUGUCCCCCGCCUCAAGUGCCUCAGAGCCGGGACAGCUCCACCUUGGCAAGUAUGGCAAGUAUGCCUGCCCAAACUGCAAACUGACCUUCGCCAAGUGGUCCGCAUGCCAGCAUCAUCUCGUGACCGAAAUGAACUGCUGGUGCGUGCUAGAGGAGGGCCGGCUGCCCUCCGAUGUGACUGAGCUACAGGGCACAUGCAAAGCUGCUGCAGAGCAGGCCAGGGGCUCCCAAAAAGAGCUCCCAAAAGACUCCAAAGACUCCAACUCCAGCGAGGCCUUCUUCGAUGAGGCCAUCCAGGAGAAAGUCCUCCGCUUUCAGUAG